CUUUCUUUUCAGCGGGCGCCAUUGUCUGUCUCGCCCCAGGGGGGAGAGAACUCUGGAGCCGCCAGGUCGGCGCGGGGCUGCAGAGGGCGGGGCCUGGAAUCUGCGCUGGCCGGGGCGGCGGCGGAGCCCCUGCAGUAAGCGGACACAUAAUUUUCAAAACAGCCAAUAGGAAGGAAAUGUUUAUAUUCACUCAAAAAUGUCCCAGGUUCAUCAAGAUUAUAUCCGAGUCACCAAUGGACAGGGACCAGUAACAUUCAAGGAUGUUACUGUGGAAUUCACCAAGGAGGAGUGGCAAUUACUGGACGCUGCUCAGAGGACCCUGUACAGGGAAGUGAUGCAGGAGAACUAUGGUCACCUACUCUCAGUGGGUUAUUGUGUGAAUAAGUCAAAAACAAUCUUCAAGUUGAAGCAAGGAAAAGAGCCAUGGAUAUUAGAAAUAGAAUUUCCACGUCGGAACUCCCCUGAAGACCUAUGGAAUACUCAUGACCUAGGAGCAAGACACCAGGAAAGUCAAGCUGUAAAUUCAAGGAAUGGAGAACUCACAGAACAUCAGAAAACUCCUAACAGAGAGAAAACCUACAAAUGUAAUGAAUGUGGAAAGUCCUUCUGCCAGGAGUCUGCCCUCAUGGUACAUCAGCAUACUCAUUCAAAGGAGAAACCCAGUGAAUGUGGGAAAUCCGUCUCUAGGAAUGGAGACCUCACAAAACAUCAGAAAACUCAUACCAGAGAGAAAGCCUACGAAUGUAAAGAAUGUAAGAAAACUUUCUACCACCUGUCAUCUCUUAGUAGACAUCUGAGAACUCAUGCAGGGGAGAAACCCUAUGAAUGUAAUCAGUGUGAGAAAUCCUUCUACCAGAAGCCACACCUCAUGGAACAUCAGAAAACACACACAGGAGAGAAACCCUAUGAAUGUACUGAAUGUGGGAAGUUCUUCUAUGUUAAGGCAUACCUCAUGGUACAUCAGAAAACACACACAGGGGAGAAACCCUUUGAAUGUAAGGAAUGUGGGAAAUCCUUUUCCCAGAAAUCACACCUCACAGUACAUCAGAGAACACAUACAGGGGAGAAACCCUAUAAAUGUAAGGAAUGUGGGAAAUUCUUCUCUAGAAAUUCCCACCUCAAAACUCAUCAGAGAACUCACACAGGAGAGAAACCCUAUGAGUGUAAGGAAUGUGGGAAAUGCUUCUACCAGAAGUCAGCCCUCACAGUACAUCAGCGAACUCACACAGGGGAGAAACCCUUUGAAUGUAAGAAAUGUGGAAAAAACUUUUACUAUAAAUCAGACCUCACUAAACAUGAGAGAAAACACACAGGGGAGAAGCCCUAUGAAUGUAAUGAAUGUGGGAAAUCCUUCUCUGUGAAUUCAGUCCUCAGAUUACAUCAAAGGACUCAUACAGGAGAGAAACCCUAUGAAUGUAAGGAAUGUGGGAAAUCUUUCUCUCAGAAGUCACAUUUUAUCAUACAUCAGCGAAAACACACAGGGGAGAAACCCUAUGAAUGUCAGGAGUGUGGGGAAACUUUUAUCCAGAGAUCAAAGCUCACUGCACAUCAGAAGACACACACAAAGGGGAAAACCUUAUAAAUAGUGUGAAUUGGGAAAUUCUUCUCUCUGAAUUUAUCCUUCAGAAUAACCAGAUAAUUCACACAAGACAAAAACCUUAUGACUAUCAUCAAUAUGGGGAAAUUUUAGUUACAAUCUUUCUUCACAGAGAGGAAACACACAGAGAAAAAUUCUGUAAAUCUAUAAGGGAGAAAUUUUUACCAUAUGUCAGACUUUACUAAAUAUCAGACAACAGAGAUGGGAGAAA